CCAAUUGUCAACUUUCUUGGUUUUCUUUUUGUGUGCGAAGUGUGCGAGUUGUUUUACUAAAAAUGAAAUUAUGAGAAUUGCACGAGUUUAAAUUAAAAUAUCUUGGUUUACAAUUUCAGGCAUUUGCUUAGUUAGCUUAGAAUUUAUAAAACACUAUAAUUUACAAAAUGGCAGAUGAAGAAAUCAAUGGUGAUACAGACGAUAUUCAGCACGACAAGGAUAAAACUCAAAAGAAGACUGCUAAGCACGAUAGUGGAGUAGCAGAUUUGGAGAAAGUAACCGAUUAUGCUGAGGAGAAAGAAAUAUCCUCUCAAGAUAUAUCAGGAGCACUUUCACUGAUAGGCGAUAGAAGAAACAAAGAAGCCGCUGAACGACUCGAAAAAGAAAAGGAACUUCAAAAAGUAUCAGUAAAGAAAGAUGAUAUAGAAUUAAUUGUAAAAGAAUUGGAAAUAUCCAGAACACUAGCAGAAAGAACUUUACGAGAACAUCGAGGGGAUUUGGUAGCGGCCCUAACAACUCUCACAAAUUAAUGCUUGGAUUUUGUUGUACAUACAUCAUCCAGCAUUUUUUUGCAACUAUGUAAUAAUGUUUUAAAAUAGAUUUUCUAUACUUCAAA